GCUCCCGCGAUGGUAAUUCUAGGUAUCCCGCUCCAUCGAGAAGACAGCUUCUAGCGCACUCACGGAAUGCUACCCGAGCUCUGAUGCCGACCUGACGCCGGUUGGGCUGCUUUGUCAGCAUGCUAUCACUCGCAUUUGUACUCCACUCGCGCCGCUUUCCUCCCCAGAGCGCUUUGUCACCCGCAUACAGUGUCUUCCGGUAUGAGUCGAAGAACGGUGAGCCUAGCUCAAUACUUAUUUACUCGUCUCCGCCAACUUGGCGUGGGCUCGGUGCACGGUGUACCCGGUGACUAUACACUACGGGCCCUUGACUCUCUGGAGCCAUCAGGGCUUCGAUGGAUUGGUAAUUGCAACGAACUGAACGCCGGUUAUGCUGCAGACGGCUAUGGAAGGAUUCGUGGCCUUGCAGCACUUUUCACCACUUAUGGUGUUGGCGAAUUGAGUGCUCUGAACGCCGUCGCUGGUUCUUAUGCCGAGUAUAGCCCUGUGGUCCACAUCGUGGGAUGUGCUGCAAGGAAAGCAUACCGAACCAAAGCAUUAGUGCAUCAUUCGUUGGGGGAGAAUGACUUGCGUGUGUACGCCGACAUCUACAAGCGCUUCACUGUUGCCCAAGCCUCACUCUUCGAACCCGGAACUGCUCCAGCUCUUAUUGACAAUACCUUGCAAGCAUGUGUUCGGCUUUCUCGGCCCGUUUAUCUUGAGCUUCCAAGCGACAUGGUUGGAGCCCAAAUGUCAGACGAAGCACUGGCAACCCCACUGGAUGUCCGCGUUCCGACCAACCCAAAUGAGCUUGAGGAUAGAGUCGUAGACGCUGUCUUGCAGCGCAUAUACACCUCGAAACAGCCUUUCAUCCUCGUUGACGGACUCGCAGCGUCAGACCAGAUCGUUGACGAAGUUAAUGAAUUCGUACGGAUCACUGGCUUCCCCACUUUCGGACUUACUUUCGGAGGCGGCAUAAUUAACGGCUCGCUACCCAACUAUCAUGGCAUUCAUGCGGGAAAAUAUGGUUCUCUAGACUUUACGCCUUAUACAAAUACCGCGGACUUGGCAUUGCUCUUCGGCCCUCUACUGAGCGACACGAACACUCAAGGAUGGUCUGCUGUCCCAAGGAAAGACAUAACCGUUGCAUUUCGCCGAAAUUCCAUCGAACUAGGCGUCACCAAAGUGCAUGCCCUACAUGUGAAGGGCUUUUUGCGGAGGCUGCUCGACCGACUCGAUGCAUCGAAAUUACCCAAGCCAUUGAAGGCAUCCUCGUUGCCCACUGUGCGAGACUUAGCAAAAUCUCUGCCUCCUGUCGAUCCAUCAGCGCCCAUCGAUCAGGACACCUUCUAUCUCCGCAUAUCAUCGUUCUUCCGCCCAAAUGAUAUCAUCGUCUGCGCAAACGGCACACCCCUCGUCGGCGGCCGCGACUUCGUCCUCCCACCGAACACCAAGCUCAUUAAUUCCGCUAUCUGGCUAUCAGUCGGGCACAUGCUCCCUGCCACCCAAGGUAUUGCUCUCGCCCAAAAAGAACUUGGAACAGGCGGUCGCACCAUCUUCUUCGAAGGUGACGGCAGCUUCCAGGCGACAGCCCAAGAGCUCAGCACGAUCAUCCGAUACAAGCUCGAUGCGUAUAUCUUCAUCAUCAAUAAUGAUGGGUAUACGUUUGAAAGGCUGAUACAUGGACUGGAUGCGGAGUAUAAUGAUGUUGCGAGGUGGCGGUAUCUGAUGGCGCCGCAGAUGAUGGGUGCGCCCAAUGAUGGGAGCUACGAUGUAGAGACGCAUGAUGUGGGCACAUGGGGGGAACUGAUGGAAGUCUUGCAGGGUGAGAAUUUCCGGAACGGGAAGGGACUGAAAAUGGUCAACGUUCAGAUGGCCAGAGACGAUGUGACGACGAACUUCAAGCCUGCGUUGAAGUUGGCUGGUCAGCAGUUGAUGGAUCCGACGAAUUGAAUUCCAUCCUGAAGACUUUCACAGCCCUAAUAACAAUACCGCUUGAGGCUUCCA